GUGGACUGCGGAGUAAUGUCGUCGCCUCAACCCAUUAGCAACGCAACUCUGCAAAUUGCGGAGAUGAACUUUGGCUUGAAUAUGAUUAGGCAGUCUCCUGCAAAUGGACAAAUGGUUGUAUCACCAGUUUCGGUCAUCUUUGCACUCGCUAUGGUUCAACUAGGAGCGAGAGGGCGGACAAAGACACAAAUCAAUGAACUGAUUGCGAGUGGGUUGCUGAAUUGCCGUGAAUAUGAGUAG